GCGAAAAUAUUACUUUUUUUAUAAAAUAAGGCAAUAGCAAUGGUUAUUGCAAUUGGAUUCGAAGGCAGUGCUAACAAACUAGGAGUAGGUAUCGUCAAAGAUGGAGAAAUCCUAGCAAAUUGUCGAAGAACUUACAUUACACCACCGGGUGAAGGAUUUCUUCCCAGAGAAACAGCUGAACAUCACCAACAACAUAUUCACGAAGUAUUGCAGGAAGCAUUAGAUCAAUCUGGCAUCAAGCCACAAGAUAUAGAUGUUGUUUGUUAUACUAAAGGCCCUGGAAUGGGAGCGCCGUUGAUGGUUUGCGCGAUUGUAGCUAGGACUUGUGCCAAACUGUGGAAGAAACCCAUUUUGGGUGUUAAUCAUUGUAUUGGACAUAUAGAAAUGGGUCGACUGAUAACUAAAGCAAGUAAUCCCACAGUGUUAUAUGUGAGCGGAGGGAACACUCAGGUUAUAGCUUAUUCCAGACAACGAUACAGGAUAUUUGGGGAAACCAUUGAUAUUGCUGUUGGAAACUGUUUAGAUAGAUUUGCAAGAGUACUGAAACUGUCAAAUGCGCCAAGUCCUGGAUACAAUAUUGAACAAGCUGCCAAGAAGGGGAAGAAAUAUUUACACUUACCAUAUUGUGUCAAAGGUAUGGACGUAAGUUUCUCCGGCAUUCUGUCAUAUAUGGAGGACAAAAUCGACGAUCUUCUAAAGGAGUAUACUCCAGACGACCUGUGUUAUUCCCUGCAGGAGACUGUGUUUGCUAUGCUUGUUGAGAUCACUGAACGUGCCAUGGCGCAUUGUGGAUCGGAUGAGGUUUUGAUAGUAGGCGGUGUCGGAUGCAAUGAACAUCUUCAAGACAUGAUGGCAGUAAUGUGCAAAGAGCGAGGCGCCAAAGUAUUCGCUACAGACGAGCGUUUCUGCAUUGACAACGGAGUGAUGAUUGCUCAUGCUGGAGCACUAGCGUUUAAGUCCGGGACUACAAUGGAUUUCAAAGAGACGACAAUCACCCAAAGAUAUAGAACCGACGAUGUUUUUGUUACAUGGAGAGAUGAUUAA